AACUUAUAGAUUGAAGCUAGCAAAAUAAUUCGUACGUCUUCCGUGUUCUUAAUCUUCAAAUCGUAAUCUUCAAAUAAAUUUUUUAUUUUGGACUAAAAAUAACUAGAAAUGCGACUACAAUUUCGAAUUACCUCGUUAGACGACUAUUCAACUUCCACCAACUUUAGAGAGAUUUUAGAAAAUCAUCUCGAAAAGUGGAAGUUCUCUGUAGUACAAUGGAUUGAAGAGGAAAAGACAGAAAGACACGACAAUAAACCCGUAUUUGACGAACACGUGAUUCAAGUAGAGUGCAAAAGUAACCGUUUCUUUGCCGACGUGUAUUCCGAAAUGGACAUUUUGGCAACAUACUGGUGCAGGACCGAUAUAAAAUGUUGGUUAACAUUCUCAACCGCCAAAUGUUUUCAUCAUACUAAGAUUGCUUGUCACGAAAACAUCAUUCUAAAUAUGUUUUACUUUGGAACUCUCUGCUCACAAACGCAUUAUGUAAUACACAGAUAUGUGAAAGGAUUUCUGUCGGCAAAUUUUUAUCAUGACGUACGGAUGUUGGAAAUAAGACAUAAAAGAAAUAUUUACGACGAUAACAAUAAUUUAUUAAAAAUAAAAUAUUCGUCCGUAAGGAGAAUUAUUUUAAAUAUAAAGAAAGACUGUGCUUUACUCUUUUUAGAAGUGAAAUAUCCUCCCGUUGCGUAUUCUAGGGGACGAAGAGUUCUAACCUUAGAUGCCAUCGAUAAAGAAGUGCAUGGCAAAUCGACAGCCUUGAUGUUACGUAUUCAAGAUGUAGAAUUUGCUAAAGAAAUAGUUAGUAGAUUUCAUUCAUGUAAUAAUGCAAUGCCUAUUUACUAUGGCUGCAUACAAUUGGAAACAAGAAAAUAUUUGCCAUUGCCGACUUUUAAUUUGAAGAAUUUCGAUUGCACUUACAACUUAUACGCAAUACUUACUAGAAAUUUUGUCUUACAAGAGCAAACUAGAGGAAAUUGGAAAACAUUCAUUAAUCAGAUAGAACAGCAAUGCAACGAAAAUCCAAUUUACUUAGAGAAAGCUUUGGAGUAUAUAUUAGAUUUGCAAGAACGUGGUGUACUCUGCCACUAUCCACGUGCAAUCGAAUUGAUGUAUCAAUGGUAUUGUCAAACAGAUCAUCAAAUUCGUGCAAAAGAUAACGAAUAUACAACGCCUUCUGAUGCCAAAUUGAUUCGGAGAGUAGUUUUGACUCCAACAACAACUUUGUUUUAUCCUCCCGAAUUUCAAUUCAGUAACAGAAUGUUGCGAAAUUUUGAUUCAAAUUAUGCACUGCGAGUAUCUUUUCGAGAUGACGACGGUAAGAAAUUGAGUGCGUCAGCAAAUUACAGUGAUGCUGCAUUAUUGGAAUUCGCAGUUACGAUGCCUAUGAUUGAAGGAAUAAAAAUAUGCGCAAGACAUUACAAAUUUUUGGCAUGGUCAAAUUCUCAAAUCAGAGAUCAUAGUGUUUGGAUGUAUGCGGAAGACAAUAAAGGAAAUAAUGCCGAUACUAUUCGAGCAUGGAUGGGUGAUUUCUCGAUAACCAAAAGCGUAUCCAAAUACAUGGCUCGUUUGGGACAGUGCUUUUCACAAACAGAAGACACAGUGAAAAUUCCAUUAGAGCAUCGUUACGUCAUUACAGAGGAUGAUAUUGAAGGUGGAGUAAAUCCUGUUACAGGAAAACCUUACUGCUUUUCAGAUGGAAUUGGCAAAAUGUCUAGACAAUUAGCCGAGAACGUUAGCGAAAAGUUGAAUUUGAAAAAAGUUUCGUGUGCUUUUCAAAUAAGAUAUGCAGGUUAUAAGGGAAUGCUUGUUAUGGAUCCGACGUUGGACGACGAAGGACUGAAAAUUGUGUUUAGAAAAAGUAUGAAAAAAUUUGAUAGUCCAUCUGAUCAACUUGAAAUAGUAAAGCAAAGUCAAGCCAUACCCGUACACUUGAAUCGUCCAAUGAUCAACAUCCUGAAUCAACUGGGUGUUCCAAAUAAAGUAUUUCUAGAACUACAGGAAGAAAUGCUUUCGACCGAAACAGAUAUUUUAACCGACGAUGAAAAGACUGCAGAAUAUCUCGCUUCUAAACUGAAUCUGGAAACCAUAACCGGAUUUCAAGAAAUGGUGAAUGCGGGAAUAGGAUUGACAGGCGAUCCUUUCUUUCGCGAACUGUUAUUAUGUCUUCGAGAAAGAGCGAUUUAUGAUAUUAAGACGAAAGCUAGAUUAGCUAUAAAUCCCAACGAAGGACGAAACAUGUUCGGAGUUCUAGACGAGACGGCCACUCUCGAAUAUGGCCAAGUAUUUAUUCAAUACACGAAAGAUAUUGUAGGACAAGAAACUAGUACAGAAACAGUAAUUAAAACAGGUCGAGUGUUGGUGACAAAAAACCCUUGUACUCAACCCGGAGAUAUUCGAAUUUUAGAAGCUAUCGAUGUUCCCGCUUUACAUCAUAUUGUGGAUUGUAUAGUGUUUCCGCAGAAAGGGAAACGACCACAUCCGGAUGAAAUGGCUGGAUCCGAUCUCGAUGGAGAUGAAUACGCCGUUAUUUGGAGAAAAAAUUUAUUUUUCUCUCGUAACCGAGAACCGGAAAAUUUCCCUUCUCCCGAAGAAGAUAAACAGUCGAGUGCUACAUUCGAUAUACAUACAACAACCGAAAUGCUGAAAGAAUACAUUAAAAAUGACCAGAUUGGUAUAAUCGGAAGUGCCCACUUGGCAAUUUCAGAUAAAUUUGGUAUACAUACUCCAAUCUGCAAAGAGAUUGCUCGAAAAUUCUCUCUGGCAUUAGAUUAUGUAAAGUCUGGUUAUAUAGAACCCCUAACAUGCGAGGAAAAGCCACAAAAAUAUCCAGAUUUUAUGGAAAGAGGAACUGACAGAGAAACUUAUCGAUCAAAACGUGCUUUGGGUGAUUUAUACAGAAAUUGUGAAAUAUUUGAACAGAAAACUACAUGUGUCCAACGGGAAACCGUUAAAUUACAGAUUGAUCCUGACUUAAUUUAUCCUGGUUGGGAAGAAUACGAAGAAUCUGCACGAAUUUCUAGACAAAACUACAAUCAUUUUCUUCAAAUUUUGAUGCAUAGAUAUGGAGUUCAAACGGAAGCUGAGGCAAUUUCGGGCGCAUUUCGAAGACUUCACCAGCGACAUUCCGAAAGACACGACGCUUUUAACGCUGAAAAACUCGUUGUGCAAUCUGUAGAAACAUUGCAGAAGCGUUUUAGAAACGAAUUUCAUCAGGAAUUUGGAAUUUCAGCUGAUACUGAAAAUAUAGAUCCGAACAUAUUGGACGAUAUAUUGAAGAAAGCGUCUGCAUGGUACGUUAUUACUUACAGCAGCAAUUCUGCACGAUUUCUUAGUUUUCCGUGGAUAAUUUCAAAAUACUUGAUCAACUUAAAAGCAAAGCAGGCUAAAGAAAAAACACUUCAAACUUCAAUAAUUACAAUUUUUGACAAUCAUUUACAAUCGAUAAUAAACGAAUAUCCAAUACUUGACAGUGAAGACGAACUUGAUCUAUCGCGCUUUUUCGUUCCUCCAAAUAUAAUAACAUCGGCUUACAGAUUGAUUGGUCACUGGAUGAACAGAAACGAAAAAUUCAAACCAGAAGACGAACUUUGGCUUUUAGAAUACUUUCCCUGCAUUUUACAAAAUAAUUGUAAUAUAAGCGAAGUAGGUGAUGCAGAAUCAAAUGUAAAGAAAAGCAACAUUGCUAAUUUAUGUUUGGAGUUUUUAAAAUCUGUCAGAAGUAAUUCUUCUCUUCCUAAAAAUUUAGGUUGGAUCUCUUCUUGGGCUAAAGACACAUACAAUGUUUUGGCUGCAACUGGCAAUUCGUCCGUAUUUUGCCAAAUUAAACAGUACGACCAAUUAAAUGAACUAGUAGAAUUAAAACCCGUUAAGCUUUCUGGUAAAAUACUUCCAGGACUUAAAAACAAGAAAAUUGAUACUUUGCGAAAUAUCUUAUGUUCGUUGGUUGAUUUAAAAUCUUUAACUAUUAGAAGUUCAGAAAGAAAUUCUUUAGUCGUAUCUGCAGUUGGUUCUUGGGAAGCCAUUAAGUAUCUGGAAGACUUCUUUCGUAUGGACACGGAAAGUUUAAAGAAAAAACUUGAAGCAGAAAGAAAAAAAUUAAGAAUGCCUUAAUUUUAAAUGAAUUCAAAGAAUUUCCUGUGAAAUAUGUCAUGCUGUGAUUUAAUAUAUAUUCUAUCACACAAUGGAUAAUAUUGCUAAGUUUUCAGGGGCGUGCCGUGACAUUUGAUGAUAGGGAAGCUGUGUUUUUGUAACAAGCCGACUUCCAGGGGCAAUCAGUCAGUGAUGGUCUAGGGGCCAUUCGUAUUCGUUUGUUCGAUA